UCAAAACAGUAGCAGCUCCACAGACAGACUCAACACCUGAGGAUUUAUUGCACAGCCCGGGACAGCAGCCCCGAGUCCUACCCCUCUGAAUUUUGGAGCCCAGACCUUCUGGUUUAGCUUCAGAGGAUGGACCUCCGACUCAAUUGCGUUCUACUUCUGGUGGUGGCCUUGGCAGAGGCCACCCCAGAAAGAUACCACUACCAAGUGAAGAAGCACCACCCUCCACCUCCAGUCAAGGCCCACCCUAUCCCCGGGGAGCCAGGACCUCAAGGCAGCCCUGGAUUACCUGGACCACAAGGGCCCCCCGGAGCCCCUGGAGCACCUGGAAAAAGUGGCGUUGGACACCCUGGACCAAAGGGUCCCCCUGGACCACCAGGAGCACCCGGCUACUCUGCAACUGGCAAGCCCGGUAACCCAGGAUCCCCUGGGAAGCCUGGCGCCAAUGGUCUUCCUGGGGCAAAAGGACAUGCUGGUCCUCCAGGUGCAAUGGGCCCUAGAGGGGCAUCAGGUAGCCCUGGAACCCCUGGACCUGCUGGAUACUCUGCUGUUGGAAAACCUGGACUUGUAGGAUCUCCAGGGCCAAUGGGACCAAGUGGUGGAAUGGGACCUUCUGGUUCACCUGGCAUGCCAGGAAUGCCAGGUCAAAAAGGUGAAAGAGGUGUGGGCAUUCCAGGCUCACCAGGUGGCCCAGGUGGAAUGGGACCAAUGGGUCCCGUUGGUCCACCUGGAAAGUCUGGAAUCGGGGCACCAGGUGCAACAGGACAUCCUGGUGAUCCUGGAAAGCCAGGUGGCCCAGGUAGAGAUGGUAUUCCAGGAACUCCUGGUCAACCAGGUUUAAAAGGUCACCCUGGCCCUCCAGGAGUGGGCGCUCCAGGUAAAUCUGGAGUAAAUGGUAGCCCUGGCAUGCCUGGCCAACAUGGGCCUAAAGGUCCACAAGGACCUGCCGGACAGCCAGGGUCUCCAGGUCUACCAGGUGUUGGCAAGCCAGGGCCACAUGGAAUUCCAGGAGACAGAGGUGCACCAGGUUCUCCAGGUACAACAGGGCAGAAAGGUGAGCCAGGCCCAACAGGAUUUACAGGUGCUCCAGGAGCUAUUGGUCCCAUAGGCCCAGCUGGUCCUCAGGGAGCUAGGGGAUUUCAGGGAGAGCAAGGUGCUAUGGGUGCUAAAGGUGAUAUGGGAGGCAUGGGACCUCAAGGGCCAAAGGGUCUUAAGGGUGAUCAGGGACAUCAAGGUUUAACAGGAAAGCCAGGUAUUCCAGGUACUGUUGGACCAACUGGCCCUACAGGUCAUAUGGGACAUCAAGGUCAAAAGGGUGAGCAGGGUUAUACUGGUGCACCAGGUAUUCCAGGUACAAAGGGGCCAGAAGGAGUUAAGGGGCAUCCAGGACCACCUGGAACAAGAGGAGAGCGGGGAGAAAAUGGGUUCCCAGGGGGUAGAGGGCCAGUCGGGCCAAGUGGUCCAAGUGGAAUCCCAGGGCUUAAAGGUCAUCCAGGUCCCCCAGGUGCUCCUGGGCCCGCAGGUGUCAUUGCUAAGGGAAUGUCUGGUCCUCAAGGGCCACCAGGACCUCCUGGUGCCAGAGGUCAUGAUGGUCUCCCAGGUCCAUCUGGACCCCCAGGAGCCCCUGGCCCACCAGGUGAGGUCAUUUACCAUCAUGAGAAGAGCAUGCCAAUAAAAUCCCAUGAGGUUAUGCCUGUUGCUCAUGAGUUGGUUAAGGCCCCAAUGUCUGCCUUUUCGGCUGUUCUGACCAGGGCUUACCCACCAGCAGGUUCCCCUAUUGCCUUUGAGACCGUUUUGUACAACGGUGAGCAACAUUAUGAUCCUAGCUCUGGAAUCUUUACCUGCCAAGUCCCUGGACUCUAUUACUUUGCUUACCAUAUGCAUGUCAAUGGGGCAAAUCUCUUGGUUGCACUUUACAGAAAUGGUCAGCCAGUGGUUUUCACUUAUGACGAGUAUAAUAAGGGAUUCCUGGAUCAAAUGUCUGGAAGUGCUGUUCUUGAGUUGCACGCUCAUGACACAGUUUACAUCGCAGUUCCUGAUGAGGAAUCUAAUGGCGUGUUUGCUGCUGAUAAUGUUCACUGCUCUUUCUCUGGUUUCCUAAUUGCCGCAACGUGAUACAGACACUGAACAAAACAGCAAACUUUAACAUCAAAGAGCAGUUUGUCAAAAAACAAACAUUUGCAAUCACCAUCACUAAGUGCAGGUAAUUUUGUUUAGUAAUGAGCACUUUUAUAAGGUGUACCCAAAACAUUAUAUUGAAUGGUUUGCUGAAGAAAGUAAACAUAAAAUUCCACAAGACCCUUUCAAAAGCCUAACUAUGUUAAGUACACUUCUAUGGUAACAUGAAGAUUUUCCAUCCAUAUGUAUUGUUUAAAAUGUGUUUAAAAUCCUGUUCAUUAUUGUUUUCUGGCUUUAGUGUGAGAUACGCCAAUCUUGACAUGUAUAAUAGAAAAGUUCACUUCUAAAUGGCAGAAAUUUUGUAAAAUUGUAACUAGAUGUCAUAUGACAAGCAGAAAUUACUAGAAAUGAAGGACAAGUCUGUUAAUGCAACAUUUGUUUUGUAUAUCAAAAGAUCACAUUAUGUACAACAUAUUGACCGAAAUAAAAAAAUAUUCUAGUUCCCAAA